AUGGAAAUAAAAAAAAAACUUGUUUGCUUGUAUUGUGGAAAGACUUUUGGUGGAGGUGGUAUUAAUCGAGUCAAACAACAUUUAGCGGCAUUAAAAGGUGAUGUAGAUUCUUGUCGUAGAGUACCUCCUGAUGUUAGAUUUAAAAUGAAAGAAAACUUGGACAUCUUUGCUGCGAAGAAACGUAGAACUCAAGAAGUUCUUAAUGAGUGUAACCCACAUAGCUCUUACUAUCGGGAACAAGAAGAGCAAAUGUAUAGAAAUUUGGGUGAUGAUGAUGUGCAAGAGAUCAUUCCUCUUAGUUCUCAACGAAAGAAUAUAGCUAUUGAGAAAAGUCAAGGAAAAGAAAUGGGAGCUAAACAUUUGAAAGAACAAAAAGGAAUUGGUUCUUACUUCAUGCCAAGAACAGGACCUGGUAACCAACCUACUAUCAAAAGUGUUCUUCAGAGCAAAGAAGCUAUAGAGAAAUGUGACCUCACUAUAUCCAAGUGGAUGAUUGAUUCGUGUAUUCCUUUCAAUGCUGUAAAUUCUGUGUAUUAUCAACAAAGUAUAGAUGUCAUAGCUAGUAUGAGCCCUGGCUAUAAAGGACCGAACUUUCAUAGUCUUCGUGGUUAUUUAUUGGCUAAAAAUGUUGAGGAGGUUCAGAAGUAUGUUGAAAGCUAUCGUUCAACGUGGAAAACGACUAGUUGUACAAUUAUGGCAGAUGGUUCAGAAUAUGUGGUUCAUAUGGUGACUGACAAUGCAGCAAACUAUGUUGCCACUGCUUAUUGCAUUAAUUUAAUGUUUCAUGAUAUUGGUAAGCUUGAUGAAGUUAGUAAUGUCGUAUCUCAAGCAUCAAAAAUAACAAAAUACAUAUACAACCAUUGCUACACGUUGCAUUUGACGAGGAAGUUUAUUGGAAGAAAGGAAAUACUACGACCCGCUCCUACUCGUUUUGCUACUAACUUUAUUGCUCUACAAAGCAUAUUGGCUCAAAAGGAUCCAUUAAGAGCAAUGGUGUUGAGAGAUAUGCUUAUAGUCAACCUGAUUUAA